CAACUUAGACCUUCCAUUUAAAUGCAAAAAUGUCCAAGUGCAUUUCUUUUUAAAUCGAAAUAUUCUAAUUUUAGUAACAGAUGAGUCAAUUUAGGCAUCCGUUGCCUUGAAUAGAAGGAAAAGAAUGAAGGAAAGGCUAAAUAUAGAUCGCUACAAAACAAAAACGGAGUGCCAGAUUUGAUGGUAUACGGAUAAGUAAAUUCCCUGCCACUCCAAUGAAAGAUAUAUUAGACACUACUGAUGUUUUAAAUGGAAAAAUUGGAAGAGUUUUCACACGACCUGACUGUGUACUAACAUCAGGAUGAGACAGCAGCCUAAUCAUCAGCAAUCGUAUAAACAGUAAUAAUCAAAAUGAACAUUGCGAAAUGAAAGACAAAGAAAACUUUUAUUAGGCAAGGUGUUGGAUAACGCAAAAGGGCAUUGGGCCGAACGCGCUUUGGAAUAACUAGGAUCCAAUGAUUGUUAUGAACGUCUCCCAGGCGAGUAGCGAUCUGUAGAUUUAUUGGAAAACUAAUCCGCAGUAGAAAGGACCGUACCAUGGUUCUGUAGACAGCAGUCAAACGGUGGACGAGGAGAGCGAAACAUGGCAGUUGCAGAAGCUAAUUCUUCGUUCAGUAAACAGGACAAUGACACAAAGUUUUCUAGAGAUUCCAUGGAAAUAUUUAAAAUUGCAUCAACUGCCACAUUUCUAUUUUUCAUUUUUGUCGCUAGUGUUGCGGGGAAUUUAUUAGUAUUUUUAGUAUUUUACAAACGCCCAGCGUUAUUAACGAUAUCGAAUCGAUUUAUACUGAAUUUGUCAAUUUGUAGUUCCCUGAACACUAUUUUUGUAAUGCCGUUUAUGUUUGGUGCUUUAAUCGCUGAGGACUGGAUAUUUGGAACUAUUUGGUGCAAAGUUACUGGAUUUUUAAUGAAUGCUAUCUUUGCUGCCAGUACAUUGACCCUUGUAGCUAUAUCACUGGACAGAUAUUGUGCUGUUGUCACUCCGCUGCACUAUCAAAUGAGAAUAACCAAACGUAGAUCCGCUUUGAUAAUAGCAGCCGUUUGGAUUCUUGCUGUUUUGGUUUCGCUGCCACCACUGUUUGGAUGGAAUCACUACCGUUAUCAGAAAGAUAAAGGUACAUGCACAGUGUUAUGGUCAAGCAGAAUUAAAGAUGAAAGGUAUUACACAUUUUCCUUAGUAAUAUUGACUUUUAUUCUGCCACUUUGUAUUAUUUUGUGGGCAUAUCAUGUCAUCUUCAAGGCUGCGCAAAACAACAGCGAGCGAACAAGACGGAAUAGUGUCAUUCCUAAUAACCAGGUAGACGAACCUUGUUCCACCCAAACACCGCUUAGGUGUGAGCGGAGAAGAAGCAGCACGGCACCCAUUCUUCACCGCCGGCUUAGUACCAGUGGUGGUCGGAUUGGUGGCUCACUAUUGUGGCACCGCGAUGAGUGGAAAACAGCUCUCGCAAGUUUGUUGGUAGUGUCCACCUUCAUUGUGUGUUGGCUGCCCUAUUUUAUCAUCAUUAUUCUUGAAGCAAGUGUGCAUAAUUCGCAAGAUAUUCCACCAGUUAUAGAAACAAUAUCUAUUCUUUUAGCUAUGAUGAGUUUUGCCUGUAACCCAUUAGUGUAUGUUUUCAGAAGCAAACUAGCUAGACAAGAAGUCAAGAUUAUAAUGAAAAUACAAAGUCGAGAAAGUAUAAAUAUGUCUUUGUCAAGAAGAGGGAGCGAAUCAGUAUUUACCAGAGAAGGCAUUGUACACCAAAGUAGCAUUGAAUCUGACAUAGUGCCAUUCGAGAAACCUCUGCAUUCAUCAUCGACAUCAACAACUUUGACCUCACUGGUACACAACCCAAAUGCUGUGUCUCAGCGGUCCUGACAAAGGCGCCCUCUGGUGUCCCAGACCUCAAUCUGACAUUUGAUGAAACCUCUUCAGUGUUGUGUAAAGGAAAGCAUUCCAUGUGAUUCUUCCAAAACACUUAAUUGUUGAUUGUUAUCAAUUUUAUAAUUUGUUUCUUUACCCAGGUUUGGUGUUGUAUUUCACGUCUUUUGAUUUAAACAUGUAAGUACUUUUAUUUGUGCCGAGAAACUGUGUGGCAAGUAAUCAAAACAUCGAUGUAUUUUGACAUGAGUAUUUAAUACCUCAGAAAAUCAGAUGACCUAUUAGUAUCUGAUACUGUUUUUAUGAUUUUUAUACUAAAAUCACUGAGAUUCCAUAUUUCUGUCAUUGAAAUCCAAGCUUCAUUGUUUUCUUCAUAGUUGUACAUCGUAUUUAUAAAUCACCAACCUAUAAAUGUUCAUUUAACAUAUUUUUAUGACAAUUUUAUAUACUUUUUUUAUUUAGAAAAAUUACCGCUUUUAAAAUAUACACAAACAAAAUGUAAUAGCGACAGACAUCGCCAUGGCGUGAAGUAAACUUACUAAACGAUCCAAACAUCGCGUUGUUUAUUAACUUUUAUCUUAUUUAUUUAUUUAUUUAUUUAUUUAUUUAUUUUUUGGCAACUCAAAAUAGCAAGUAAUUUGAUUUCAUAUAUUUAACUGAUAAAUCUAAGUCAAAUUUUAUGUCUGUUGUUGAGCCCUGUGUUUGGAAGGGUUUCUUUAUAUCUCUAUCGUGUUGUUGAGUGUUGUCAAUAUUGAAAUACUUUAUGCCAGUAUAAAUCCCUUAAAUUGUUAUUAAAUAUCAAAUUAUGAAUCUUAUUAUAAGUUAUAUCCAUACUUUUUUGUUGUAAUUUUCAUCUUAUAUUUUCUUGCCAUUUAAUGGUUUCAUCAUUGUUAAAUAUUGUGAACUAUUUUGGUUAUUCAGAUGUUCUUGAUAAUAUAAGAAAAUUAUGCGGCUGAUUUCUACCAAUAUGAUUUUUGUAAAGUUUAAAUUGCAUUUUUUUUUUCUUUUUGAGCGAACGUCACAUUUAAUGUAAUUACAUGUAUUUAUUUUUUAUACAUUGUUUGUG